AUGUAUAUACCUCUCUUUCUGAGCCCAUAUUGGGCUCAGCGUCCCAGGAGCUCGAGCAGGAAGAUAUUAUCAGAAACCAACAUUCUCGCUCUCGCUCGUUUCUUCAGCGCGGGAAUAAAGUUCCCCAGAAUCUUGGCUGGUAUUUGUCAGACAAUAAACUUAGCUUUCCUUAAAGCGAUACAGUUGGAGAUAGGAGGAAUUUUGGCGAGGGCUUUGCAAGGCGCUGUGAAUGUCGUUACGUGGUGGAUUAGACUACGUGCGUUGAAUUCAGGAAUGAAGAACGCUUUGACGAUUUUGGAGAAAGUAGAGGCGCAGGCUGAGCGGAAGGAUUUUGCUUCGGGGGCGAGGAUGAGAAAACUAGGAAUUCAAAUCAGGGCAUCUGAGAUAGAGAAAAAGGCUUUCAGUGAAAAAAUACAAGUACUUGGCUCUAAAGAAGAGCGCCUGGGAGGACAAAUAGGCAGAAUUAGAGAUUCCACUAGUCCAAGCAUAAGAGCCGUGAGCUCAUUUGAAGCCUCAAGGACAGCAUUUGUCGAAGCUUUAAUGCAAGUUGUAGCGGAAGGCUAA